CAACCAUCCCUCCCUCCCUCCCAGCCGCCCCUUCCAUAAUCUCUCUCUCUCUCUCUCUCUCUGCGAUCUCCCAUCUCCGAUCCGAUUCCGCCGCCUCCCGCUCCUCCGCCGCCGCCGCGCGCCGCCUCGCCGGAAAUGGACGUCAUGCGCCACUGCUCCUCCUUCCUCCUCCCCUCCUCUCCCCCCGCCGCCGCCGACGGCGACGGCGACGACCGGGCCCCUCCGGCUUACGCGCUCGUCUUGCUCAACCAGCGGCUCCCACGGUUCACUCCCCUGCUCUGGAAGCACGCACGGAUACGUAUGUGUGCAGACGGCGGCGCGAAUCGCGUGUACGACGACAUGCCCGGCUUGCUCCCGCACGAGGACGCCGUCGCUGUCAGGAACAGGUAUAAACCUGAAGUCAUAAAAGGAGAUAUGGAUUCGAUUCGGACAGAAGUAAUGGAUUUUUACAGAAAGCUGGGAACAAAAAUUGUAGAUGAAUCUCAUGAUCAAGACACUACUGAUCUUCACAAGUGUGUGUCAUACAUCCGUGAUUUUACACCCGAGUUGGAUAAAUCUAAUCUAUGUAUUCUUGUUGCCGGUGCACUUGGUGGACGAUUUGACCAUGAGAUUGGAAACAUUAAUGUGCUGUGUCGUUUUUCGGACACGCGAAUUAUCCUUAUUUCGGAUGAUUGCCUAAUACAAUUACUUCCGAGGACUCACCGUCAUGAGAUCCAUAUUUUGUCAUCUGUUGUGGGUCCGCAUUGUGGACUCGUUCCUAUCGGGAUACCUUCCAAAAGUACUACAACAACAGGUCUCCAGUGGGAUCUAGCUGACACGGAGAUGAAGUUUGGUGGCUUAAUAAGCACGUCCAACAUCGCCAGAGAGGAGACAGUUACGGUUCAUUCUGAUUCAGAUCUUCUUUGGACAAUAUCCAUUAAAAAGCCUUGAUUUGCCUCUUGGUGCAAGGCGCACACGAAAUCUGUUUAGCAUUCACAUUCACACAUUCACAGCGAAUUCAUGGCGGAUUUUAUACGGUCGAUAGCAUAGAAAGAUUGAACUUCUCGUCUUCUCGGCUGAUUUUCGAUUUAGCUCAUUGGAUAAUGCAAAAAUCACUUGCUCCCUUGUGCAUCCAAAUAAGAUGAGGCGGUUUAUCUA